AUUUCUAAGUUGUAACCCAAGAUUUGUUAUUAUAUUCUCUCUCCUCUAAAACUCCAUCGUUCUCUCGUCACACACACCAGCAAUUGAAAAAUACCCCCGCUCAACCUAAACACUGCGACAAAAUAAAGCUCGCUCAAUUUCAGAAAAAGAGGAGAGAGAAAAUCAACCUCCUUCUUCAAGUCAUUGUAGUUUUUCGCUAAAUUCCCUCAAUUUAUAAAGAGAGAAUAUUGAAAUUAUGAAAAAAAGAAUUCAACUUUGACUCUUUUUACCAGCUACAAUUUAUUAAUUUGAUCUGGGUUUUUUUUAAGAAGAGAAAAAAAACAGCUCUUUAUUUAGUGUUGGGAGUAAUUAAUUUUUUUUAGUGGUUUUGGUGGGUUUUCAGCAGCAAUGGCUCUCCCCUUGGGAAAGCUUACUCUCCUUGUUGGUGCAGGAAUUUUAGGUUCAAUUUUAGCUAAAGAAGGGCGCAUGCCCAGUGUCUCUGAUGUCAUCUCAGGGGCCAUAAAGGUUGCUAUGAAGCCAAUAAAGCAAAGUGAUUCAGCUUCCUCAACAAGCAAGCCAAGAAAUGAUGCGUUGAUAGCUCAGGUAAAUAGUUUAAGGCAAGAGCUGCAGCUCCUUGCAUCAAGCAGACCCGUGACAAUUGUGACUUCCAAUGUAACAGGUGGCCGCCGAUAUGGUAUUGUUAUUGUGAUUGUAGCUGUUGGCUAUGGAUAUGUGUGGUGGAAGGGUUGGAAAAUUCCUAGCUUCAUGUUUGCCACCAAACGUGGCUUGUCAGAUGCCUGCAAUUCUGUUGCAAAGCAGCUUGAUGAUGUUUUUCUUUCACUCAGGGCUGCUAGAAACGAAAUAUCUUCCAAACUUGACGAUUCAAGUACUAAAUACGAUGAGGUUGUUGCACGCAGUAGUACUACUAAAGACGAGGUAACCGGGGUACGUCAAGAGGUUUCCAAGUUUACGGUGGAUCUCCAGACUGUCAAUCAUACAAUCCGAACUCUGGAGACGAGAAUGGGCAGAAUUCAAGGGAAACAGGAUGAGACAAACGAAGGAGUUGCGAAUUUGUUACUUUGUACACUGGACGCGGAGAAUAGAUUUGUAGAUCUUGUUCAGGAUUCUCCUUCAAAUUCUUCCACACCCGCAAUUGGACAUCGACAAAUUGCAGCACCUUCGAGGAGCCUAACGAUGAAUGGUGUCACUGGCAGUUGGGCAAGGCAGACUGUGUCUCUGCCUGUAGCGUUGGAGCCUUCCUCUCCUUCAACUUCAAAUGGAUCUAAUGAGGUUAAUGGACAACAAUCAAGGAAUGCUAAGUCCGCCUCAGGCCAGAAUGAGUUUCAAGGGGCUUCUGGAGCAGUAGAGAACAUUUCCAGCCCUACGGUUUCCAAUGGGACUCGCAUAACACACAUCACAGAAAAGCCUCCUGGUUCGGAGUUGCCUCCAAAAAGCGCUGGCUUGCUUUCUAGAACAAUUAGUGCAACACGGUACUUCAAAUUCAUGUAGAUUGAUAGUACACUUGCAUAAGUUAAUAUAUGACCAAAAAGGCUAUACACAAUAUAGAUCCCACCGUAAGCAGUCGGGAAAAAGCUUUUUGGCUUUUUAAUAUCAUUUCAAUGGCCGGAUUCCCUUUUGAAAGGGGAUAACGGGUAAGAUUGCAAGAUUUAUGUAGAACUUUCUGGUCAUUAAAUUUUGUAGAGAUUCAAACAAGUUUAGGUUUAGGAUCUGGAUCAUUCUUGGUCAUGUACGAUGUCGAAUGCUAUGGAGAUACUGAGGGGAUAGAUUUCCUCUUAAUAAGAAACACAGGCGUAUUUAUUUCUA